GGCGGAACCUGGACUAACCUCUCUCGAGGAGAGGCGAAGGCGUGUAGGCUGACCAAGGAGCAGGGCCUGGGCCUGUGGCCUCACAGAGGCAGACCUGCUCUGGGAUAAGCACGCAGUUGUCCCUGCCAGGCCGCCCAGGUCCCACGGAGGAUGGAUGAGAAGGAGGAGGAGGAGGAGGAUGCCUGGCUGCAGCUUCGGCCCGUGGAGCCAUUGCCCUCCCAGUGCUGUGGCAGCGGCUGCUCUCCCUGUGUGUUUGAUCUCUAUCACCGAGAGCUGGCCAUGUGGGAGGCAGCGCGAGCCAGCAAUGACAGGAGCCUGCUGAGUGGGGAGGAGUCACAGAGCUGCCCGUCCAAGCUGAGCCCAGAGACCUUCCUGGCCUUCCGCAUCAGUGCCAUGGACAAACUCACCAAGGACACUUACCGUGUUCGGUUUGCACUGCCCGGGAACAGCCGGCUCGGCCUGAGGCCCGGACAGCACCUGGUCCUCCGAGGGAAAGUGGAUGACUUAGAAAUUCAGAGAGCUUAUACACCCAUCAGCCCUGCCAAUGCAGAAGGAUACUUCGAAGUUUUAAUCAAGUGCUACGAGACGGGGCUGAUGUCCCGCUACGUUGAGUCCUGGAGUGCAGGGGACACCACCUUCUGGCGAGGCCCGUUUGGAGACUUCAUCUAUAAACCGAACCAGUAUGGUGAGCUCCUCAUGCUGGCUUCAGGCACUGGCCUGGCCCCGAUGGUGCCUGUCCUGCAGAGCAUAACUGACAAUGCUGAGGACGAGACCUUCGUCACCCUGGCCGGCUGCUUCAAGACCUUCGAGGGCAUCUACCUGAAAACCUUCCUCCAGGAACAGGCCCGUUUCUGGAAUGUCCGUACCUUCUUUGUACUCAGCCAGGAGAAGUCCCCAGAGAGCCUUCCCUGGAGUUACCGGGAGAAGACGCGCUUUGGCCGCCUGACCCAGGACCUGAUCCAAGAGCUGGUUGGCUCCUGCCGGAGAAAGCCGUUUGCACUGGUCUGUGGCUCAGCGGAGUUUACCGAGGACAUGGCCAGGUGCCUGCGGUGUGCAGGCCUGGCCGAGGACUCCUACUUCCUCUUCUAGCCCUGGCCAGGGCCCUGCCCUGGGACACUGGAAGAAGCACAGACUUGAGUCAGAAAACAUGGACAGCAGUCCUGGCCCCGCCGCUAACUGGCCAGGUGACCUAGGCCAAAGUCUUUACCUCUGUGCACCUCCUCCUCUCAUCUGCCCCACAAGGCAGCCAACUCCCUCAGGCAGACAUAUUGCCGUGUGGAGGGAGGAUGCGGCCGCAGGGGCUCUGGAGAGGAGAGCGACCAGCCUGGGAGUCCAGGAGGACUCCCUGGAGGAAGUCCACGCUAAACCCUGGGAUCGAGAGGAGUUGGCAGGAGAAGGUGCAGGAGGAACGUCCCAUGUUCCUCCGAUUAGAGGGCUUGGGGACCCCUGUCUGCCCUUGCCCCAUAAAUGUCUGUUCCUAAGUCUGCUCUCCCUGGAAACUGUGUCCCUGCCCUGGCCUUGCUUGCCGAGUGUCUAGGGAAUGAGCACAGGAGCAGCUAAGAGCUCUUUAGAGGAGGAACCUGCCUUGUGGACCUCCGGCACCUCAAGCCUGGACAGCGGUCUCGGGUUCUGUGACCUGAUCGAAUUCUCUGAGCAAGGUGGGCCCUGGCCUACUUUUAUUUGGUAUUGGGCCCAGGCCUUUCCUGCUGCACACGGCUUCACUCUGUCUGCCUUCCCUUGUCUCAAGAGCCCAGGCCAGAGUCCUUUCAUGAGUAAAAGAGAUACAGAAACAAACACCCCCUCCUCCCUCCCAACUGCCAACUGCCAGCUGAGCCCGCCUUCAGCUCCUCGGAGCCCUGGUGACAGUUGCUAUGGUGAUCUAAAGAUAGAGCAGGAGUCAGGAGACCUGGGUCCUUCUCCCUGCUCUGCCCACUGAGCAGCUGCUGAUUCCGCUCCAGCCCCGCUGCCCUUUGUAGCACCCCCUCCAUCCUGCAUUGGGACAGU